AUGGACAACUUGACAUUUAAAAACAAAAUUCUGUUAGUGGAGGGACUGAAAGUUACACCUCAGUCUUCCUAUCCUGUUUUCAUCCUUCUUCUUUUGGUUUAUGCAUUUAUAAUGGUAUCAAACAUUGGAAUUAUUAUUCUGAUCUCGACAGACAAGAAUCUACAUGACCCCAUGCACCUUCUCUAUUGUAAUCUGCCAGUGAAUGAUAUAAUAGGGACCACUGUAGUGGUACCACGCUUACUGCAGGACAUUUUGAGGGAAGCCUCACAACGCUAUAUGACAUAUGAGGAGUGUAUUAUUCAAACUAUAUUUGUACACAUAUUUGGCACAGCAUGCCACACUGUGUUGAUGAUCAUGGCUUUUGACAGAUAUGUGGCUAUAUGUAAACCAUUACGAUACACAACUAUAAUGACAAAUAAAAUGGUGGUACAGCUAUCAGCAUCUGCCUGGAGUUCGGCGAUAGCGGCAGUGGCUGUUUUCAUAGGCCUUACUCUGCGUCUUUCUCACUGCAGAUAUAAAAUUGAAAAUCCUUUCUGUGACAAUGCCUCACUGUUUAAACUGUCCUGUGACCAGGGUGUGAUUAUUAAUAAUAUGGUAGGAAUCGUUAGUACUGUGAUAAUAUUUACCUCCUCACUUGGAUCUAUAUGUAUAUCGUAUGUCAAGAUUGCUAUUGUGUGCAUUACUAGUAAAAACAAAUCACUCAACAGCAAAGCUAUAAAAACCUGCAGCACUCAUUUAACUGUUUAUUUGAUCAUGAUUGUUUCUUGCGCCGUCAUGGUUUUUCUCCAUCGUGUUCCUCAAUACUCUGAAAACAGAAAACUAGCUAGUAUAAUGUUUCAUAUUGUACCUCCAGGAUUAAAUCCUUUAGUGUAUGGUUUACAGACAAAAGAGAUAAGACAGAAGUUGACAAAAAUUUGGUGUAAAAACAAAAUUAAUGUAAUGUAA